CGGUUGCGGACGCGCUAUAUCCACGUAAAAGUUGGCUGGCGGGUCCGUCUGCCUGAGUUGUUGCGAACAACAUUCUGCUGUAACGAAGUCUUUGGGUACCUCUUUUGGUCCCGGCAGUUCUUGUUCACACAGUCACUCGAGGCACGUAGGAGACAUGCGUGCUGGUUGCCGGUUUCACAGCACCUCUUCUCGGUAGGUGUGUUACCAGUCGCUCUCGCACACGCGAGAGACGCCCCGUACCUUUCUGGAUUGGAUUUGCCUGCGAGAACUUGGGAUUAUGUCGUGCCGCGAUACAUGCCGUUUUUUCAAGAAACGGUUUCUGGCCCGGUCGUUUCUCCGACCCAAUACAACCCAGUUCUUCGACUUCAAGCCCAUCAGCCGUUGCACUUGAUAACUAAUUGCUCCAAGGUGAGGAAGGGAGCUGAACAUGUUUGCGUGCUUCAGUUGUUGCCUAUUCGCACCAUAGAAGGACCGCUCACCGAAGAGUCUUCCGCUUCGCGGUUGCAGAUCGACCCUUCCAUUUGUCCUCCGACCGCUACACCUCUGGUCGUGUGGCGCCUUGACAAUCGGACUUCUGAAAGUAAGCGCUUGGCGUCGAUAAUAGCGGCGAAUGGCUCACGUCGGAUCGUUGUUUUUACGACAAAUACUAACCGCGGGCCGGUUACUGAAAUAGAGGAAUCUCUUGCUCACUCGCCGAAAACCGGAGCUGGGUUUGUUUUGGUUCGCGUAACCGAACACGAAUAUCGGAAUGCGACGCUUCUCUGGAAGGCUCUCCUCUCCCGCGUGUUCCCUCGGUUCGCACAAGAAACGGUUUUCAAACUCGGGCUUGACCCAAAACUCCGUGACGACCCCGUCCCGGCGCAGCGGGUGGUCACCGUGCCGACCAUCUGUUCCGAGCCUAGUGCUCGAAUCCUCCGACGUGGGGUGCGAUACCAUUUGAUUACGAAUGAUGGUCGGUUUGCCACAAAGGACAUUCUCCUCAAAUUCCGACAUCACGGUUAUUGUAUCGACGGGGUUACGGAGAUUGCCCGAGAACAAGGG